AUGCUUUGCUCAAAUUCUCCCUUAUUUAUUUUUCUUUUUAUUUUAAUUCCCCUUGCUACCAAAGCCUGGAUAAGUGAAAAUAGGCGAAUUGAACAAGAAGUACUUCGUAAUUAUGAUAAAAGACAUAGGCCUGUAAAAGUUGAAUCUACCAUUAUACGCGUUCAACUUUUCCUAACUGUAAAUCAUAUUGAAAAAGUGGAUGAGCAUGAAGGAACGAUGCUUUUACAUGGAAUUUUAUGGGCCGCGUGGAAUGAUGAUUAUUUAAAAUGGACGCCUUCAGAACACAAUAAUACUUUUGUUAUUUCUAUGGAAGCUUGGAAAAUUUGGCAGCCAACAUUUGCUCUAUACAAUUCUGCAAGAAGUAAUAGCUGGUUUGUCUACAUGAGAGGGGUCCCUGCAACUGUUUCAAAUGAUGGGCGUGUAUUUGCAGCAGGAGCCUUUUCUUUCCAAGUUACUUGCCAAUUCAAUUUUGCUGCUUAUCCAUAUGAUAUUCAAGAAUGUCCAAUUGUUCUGGCUGAUUGGCAGUUAAUUUUAAUUAACAAAAAUUUUUUAAUUUUAAAAUUUUUGAGGUAUGAUGCUUCUAAAGUAAACUUAUCUGAAGCUGUCAGUGCCCGUUCUGGUCUAAACAGUUUAGCAAAACCAGCAAUUCGUCUAAGCUUUGAUCCGUUAUCUGAAAAUGUUAAAAAACAUGUUGCUGGUUGGGAAAUAAUUGACACAUGGCAAAGACUUUGUUAUUGGGGACCUACUGGUUAUUGUGUUGAUUCGUCACCUAUUGGACCUUUGGAUAAUUAUUGGUCUUUAAUGGAAUUUGGAAUUCGAAUUAAAAGGCAUGCUCCAUAUUAUGGACUUACUUUAGUUCUUCCAAUUGUAAUUUUUAUUUUUUAA